CGUCACUCAUGUGACGUAAACUCGGAAGUGUGUUUCUUUCAAAUGUCAACAUGGAUCAAGAAGCUCCUAAAAAGAGAUAUCGUUUGAUCGUGGAUUUUAAAAGCCAGUUCCCGGAAAAGCUAUAUGAUGUUGUGAAUGACGGAGCUCUUAUAAAAUGGAACAGAAAUGGAUCUAUAUCCGUAACUAGUGAAGAGGAGUUUGAAAACAAUGUGAUGAGAUGGUACCCAGGCUUUCUCCAGAUUCCGUCAUUUCAGAAUUUCAAGAGACUUUUUAGAGAAUAUGGCUUUGACAGAGUUGUUAAUCAAAACAAUCAGUAUGAAUGGUCUCAUGAAAUGUUUGUGCGAGGUCGAAGAGAAUUUCUAUCAGAAAUAAAAACCCGGCGGAAAUCAUUCAGAACACCACAGAAUCGUCGUGAAUUUAAUGCAGAUGGUGACAUCAUAAUUCCAACGAAUGGUAGACGAUUUCCAUUACGUAAACGAGCUAAGACAAAGCACUAUAGUCCGCACAAUAAUGAGACACCUCACAAGGACAUAGUGGAUUAUGGCGGUGGAGGGGAAGGAUUUACUCCUAACAGCCUUACCAACAAGCAACAAUAUGUUCUUAAAUCACCAUUUGGUGGUUCCUUUAAUGAAGCUGCCCUGUCACAUGAUCACACUUCUAGACAGGAUAUGUACAGGCAAGGACAGAAGGAUAACAAUAGAAUUUCGAGCAACCAGCUGCAUGCACAUGAGGAAAAUAACAGAAAUCAAAAUGCUGUUAAGAGGAAUUUCUCUCAACUUAUGGACAGUUAUGCAGAAAAAGAAUUCAGUCUUGAAUAUGAACAUGAAUAUUAUGAAUGGGUGGCUAAACAGAGAAAGCUAGAUGAAGCCAAGGUUGUCCACUCUGUAGAAACUCCUGAAAAAUCUAAUGAAUAUUGGUGGAUGUACAGAGAUAAUUGUGAUAAUGAAAUUGUACAAACUAUAAAUCUGCCAGUUAGACAACAGACUAGCCUAGAGGACACAAAUACACCAUGUGGUUUUUGUAAAUGUUGCAACUCAAUUAGUAACUAUGUGCACCUGUUUGGUGAGAUCCCAGAGAACAUUCAAGUAAUUGAUUGUUUAGAGGAAGUAGUGGAAUCUGUUGAACCUGAAAUUAAACUAGAGUAAAUAAGAAAUAACAUGAUAACAUUACAAAACACUGUGAUCUGGAUGAAAAGGAUAUAAAUAUUUGUACUGUAGAAAUAACUUGUAAAAUCAAGUUUAAAAAUAAACAACCUAUGUGUUAUUUGGAA